GGGGACGGCUCCCAAUGACGAGCCGGCUCCCGUCGUUCACUUCAAAGAGCCGACUCUUAGAGCCGGUUCGUACGCGUCCGACACAUCACUAAUAAAAAGUGAGGUCUGUAAAAAUGCCAGUUUCUGUGUUAAUGGUUUUACCAGGCAGCCGUUCAUCAAUAGUAGAAACCGUUAACAGGCCAGAUUUUCCCUGAAACACAGGAUGCGAUUCCAGGUUUCCUGAUUCCCUGAACACAAUGGUUGCUGUCCUGCAGAGGAAGGAAACCAACAGAAGUUUCCUUUAAAAGAGGAAGGUGCCCCUUUCCUUUCUGGAGGAGAAAACAUUUUUGCUGUGAAGGAGGGAAGAGAGAGAGAGUUGGAGCAGACAUGCACAACCUGUUUUCCAUUCAUUUUAGGAGCCAGCUGCAGCACAUGAAGGCUAAAUAACUCACCGAAUCACUUGCUCAGAAGAGGAUGUCCGUGUCAGGAAAGAAGGAGUUUGACGUGAAACAGAUCCUCAGGCUCCGCUGGCGCUGGUUCAGCCAUUCAUCCCAAGGUUCUGCCGGUGGAGGAGGAGGAGGAGGAGGUGGUGGUGGAGGUGUGGGGGGCUUCAUCCAGCAGGAUGGCCUGGACCACAGAGGAACUCCUGUCCAAGGACGGCUGAAGAGCCACUCACGGGAAAGAGGUAUUGUGGGACCAAGGAAGACCAGCAGCCCGGUCCACAGCGUCAUGCCUCAAACGCUGGGGCCAACACCUGUCUACGUCAGGACGGGUCAGCAGUCCUGUUAUCCCCUGCCCAGCACCAUCCAAGGCCUCCAGGUGAACGAGGAGUCCCCAAAGAGCGUUUCGUCUCCCUGUGCUACAAGGAAAGAGGAAACAAACUCUGGCCAGGAAGAUGUGAAAAGCAGCAUGGAGGAACCUGCAGAGGUGGAGGCCAGAGAGAGGUUGGUUCUUAGCAAUUUCUCCAGAAUGAGCACCAACUCCUCCGACGAAUUUUUCCAGGCCACAAAUCACGCCGAGCAGACGUUCCGUAAAAUGGAGACGUACCUGCAGCACAAGCAGCUGUGUGACGUCCUCUUGAUAGCGGGGGAUCACAAGAUACCAGCUCACAGACUGGUCUUAAGUGCUGUUUCGGACUACUUUGCUGCUAUGUUCACCAGCGAUGUGAGGGAGGCCAAGCAAGAGGAGAUAAAGAUGGAGGGAGUGGAUCCGGAGGCCCUCAGAUCCCUGGUUCAUUUUGCCUACACGGGUGUCCUUGAGCUGAAAGAGGAGACCAUAGAGAGUUUAUUGGCAGCGGCAUGCCUCCUCCAGCUUUCACAAGUCAUCCAGGUCUGCUGCAGCUUCCUCAUGAAGCAGCUUCAUCCCUCCAACUGCCUGGGAAUACGAUCCUUCGCAGAUGCCCAGGGCUGUGUGGACCUCCUGAAUGUGGCUCAUAAUUACACCAUGGAACACUUCCUGGAGGUCAUUCAGAACCAGGAGUUUCUUCUGCUCCCCACAGCAGAGAUUGUUAAGCUGCUCUCCAGCGAUGACAUCAACGUUCCCGAUGAAGAAACUAUUUUUCAAGCUUUGAUGAUGUGGGUGAGAUACGAUGUCCAGCAUCGACAAAAGGACCUUGGAGUGCUUCUCGCUUACAUCCGCCUGCCCCUUCUUCCCCCGCAGCUUCUUGCGGAUCUGGAAAACAACAAGAUGUUCUCCAAUGACCUUGAAUGUCAGAAGCUACUGAUGGAGGCCAUGAAAUACCAUCUGCUGCCUGAACGGCGCCCCAUGUUCCAGAGCCCGAGAACAAAACCCAGGAAGUCUACAGUGGGAGCACUUUAUGCCGUAGGGGGGAUGGAUGCUACCAAAGGUUCAACCACCAUCGAGAAGUACGACUUACGGACCAACACCUGGGUGCAGGUUGGAGUCAUGAACGGUCGGCGGCUACAGUUUGGUGUGGCGGUGAUAGACAACAAGCUGUAUGUGGUCGGAGGGAGGGACGGACUCAAGACGUCCAACAUGGUGGAAUGCUACAAUCCGCUCACCAAAGUCUGGUCCACCAUGCCACCGAUGUCCACACACAGACAUGGACUUGGCAUCGCUGUGCUUGAGGGCCCUAUGUAUGCUGUAGGAGGCCACGAUGGCUGGAGCUACCUGAACACUGUGGAGCGCUGGGACCCUCAGGCUCGGCAGUGGAACUAUGUAGCCAGCAUGUCGACUCCACGGAGCACCAUGGGGGUGACUGCCCUCAACGGAAAACUGUUUGCAGUUGGUGGACGAGAUGGAAGCUCAUGUCUGAGGUCUAUGGAAUGUUUCGAUCCUCACACCAACAAGUGGAGCAUGUGUGCACCCAUGUCCAAGAGGAGAGGAGGGGUGGGCGUGGCCACGUACAACAACUUCCUGUACGCUGUGGGCGGACAUGACGCCCCAGCUUCCAACCACUGCUCCAGACUCUCUGAUUGUGUUGAGAGGUAUGACCCAAAGACGGACACGUGGACCACCGUGUCCUCUCUCAGCGUCCCCCGGGAUGCGGUGGGGGUGUGCUUACUGGGCGACAGGCUCUACGCUGUGGGUGGCUACGACGGCCAGUCAUAUCUCAGCACCGUCGAGUCCUACGAUGCACAAAAUAACGAGUGGACUGAGGAGGUCCACCUCAACAUCGGAAGGGCAGGCGCCUGCGUGGUGGUGGUGGUGAAGCUGCCUUGAGCGUUUUCCUCUCGCGGCAGCAUGAGAAACAAACGAGAGAGCUGCGACGAGGGCCGGACAAACAAAACAACAGAUUGAGGACACAUCCUCUGAGAGUCGUAUUUUCUUUUGUUUCCCUCCUUUAACUCGGCUGUGCAGAUUUUUCAGGGGAAACGCAGACAUGCACCAUUGUUUCUGUCAUUAGUGGACGAGUCUGCCCACUGGGUAGGACUUGAAGGACUGGAAUGCGCUGCACAUUCUCCACAUUCUCACCCGAUUAAGAAUUUCCAUGGACUUGGCGAAGACAUUGAAAGUCGCUGCCAAGGAUUGGCUGUGCUGCUUUGAUGCACUACUUUUAUGAAACUUUAUGUGAAUGUCCUCGAAAUUUAAUGUCACGUUUUCAGUAAAUCAGCCAUGUUACUUUACAGUCCUGCACAAGCAUUUCUAAUCCUGGCCUACCGUUGCAGUAUAUUCUUUUGUGACCCUUUGUAUCUGCUAAAUAAAAAUAUUUUCUAUAGGAGUGGUCUGAACACAUUGACCACCACGAUGAAGACUGAGGAUGAGGAGCUUUCCCUGGCUGGUUUGAUGAACAGGGGAUUAGAUAAACUAAUCUGAGCUUGUAGCGGCAGAACACCAAAGUCAUCCACUUGUCCUCGACGUCUUGUUUCGCAUUAAAUAAAGGUUUACAAAGUUGUGAAUUACAGAAGAAUAUAUCAUAUUGAUAUUUCACAACGCUGUACAGGUUUAUUUUGUUGUUAGUGUUUGAGGGAUCAUUUACUGGAUGCUAGCUAAGACACCUGAACUCCAGAGCACUUUUUACAUUUCUAGUUAGAUGUUCUGCUUCUAAAACUGAAAUGUUAUUUGUUCGUUCACAACAAAAAAAGAAAAAGUUUGUAACUGUAUUAACGCCAUGUUAAUGGGGCCAAAUGCAACUUUUUAUGUUUUUAUCAUAAUUUUGUACAGCAUGAGAACAAAUAAAGAAAAUAACUUGA